UCCUAAAAGAUCGUGGCAAACAGUCGGCUGAAGUUUAAAGGAAGAGAAAAAUUAACAAUUACAGAAAAUAAAUAGUAUAGACAUUUAGUAUUUUUUAAAUAUUAAAACAGUUUCAUAAUAAUAAUAAAUUAAAAGCAAAUCGAGUAAAUAACUCUAACAACUAUAAAGAAUCGCCGACAAAUCGGUUCGAACUGACGGCGGCCACUUCAGAGCGAUAUUUAAAGAGUCAGACCGAAAGUUUGUCUGUUUAUUUGUCCGCCUGCGUCUCGUGAGAGGAAGCAACAAUUGUGAUAAAAAAGAACCAAAGCAAUAAUAAAUUUAUAAAUAAGCAAUAUUUUCUAUUUAUAAAAUAUUUAUGCUGUAUAGUAUGUUUAUGUAAUAAGUUUGAACUUCAAGUCGACAAGAUCAGAUCUAUAUAUAAUAAUCAUAAAUACAUAUACAGCCAAUAGACCACAAAUGGAUUCAGACAAAGUCGUGCGCGUCAUGGCACGUUGGUGGCAGACCGUCAACCAAGAGGAAAAUGAACACAAUUCACACAAUUCAGUCCUGUAUGAUCCACUUAAUGAUAAUGUGGUUCGCAACUCAAAAACCAUGCAAUAUUUUGCUGCUUCAGUGAUUUGUCUUGGCGCUGUUGCAGCAGGUACUGCGUUGGCAUGGACAUCACCAGUAUUACCACAAAUUAGCAUUGAUCCCACUGCAGAAAACAUUACUAAUAUUAAUGCAACAACAACAUCUCUGCUAUUGACAGUGGAUCAACAGACUUGGGUCAGUUCGUUGUUGGCAAUCGGAGCUUUUCUAGGAGCACUUCCAACUGGUUAUAUAGCCGAUGCUAUCGGACGUCGUUAUACAGCAAUGGUGAUGGACAUACCAUUUAUAUUAGCAUGGAUUGCUAUUAUUUUCGCCAAAUCCGCGGGAUUGCUAUAUUUUGGACGCUUCAUGAUUGGUGUAUCAACCGGAAGUUUUUGUGUCGUUGCCCCCAUGUACAUUUCCGAAAUUGCGGAGAUUAGUAUUCGCGGAAGCUUAGGUACAUUAUUUCAAUUGCUCUUAACAGUAGGCAUUCUGCUGGUUUAUGUAAUUGGAGCAUAUGUUUCUUGGACAACUCUUAGUACAUUCUGUUUGUUCGUACCGAUUGCGCUAUUUAUAGGCAUGAUCUUUUUACCAGAGACACCCACAUACUUACUGAAGAAGGGUCGACGCGGAGAUGCUGCUUUAGCUCUUAAAUGGCUCUGGGGGCGCUACUGUGAUUCACGCUCUGCAAUACAAACACUGCAAAAUGAUAUUGACCAAUCUGGUGGCAAAGCGUCAUUAAUGGAUUUAUUUACAAAUCGUGCUGCUUUUAAGGGACUCGUAAUCUCCAUGUUACUAAUGUUCUUUCAGCAAUUCUCAGGAAUAAAUGCAGUAAUAUUUUACACAGUACCUAUUUUCAAAUCAGCUGGUAGCACUUUGGAUCCAUUCAUAUGUUCGAUCAUUGUUGGCGUUGUACAAGUUGUGAUGACUCUGACUUCAUCAUUUCUGAUUGAGCGUGCUGGACGUAAAAUGCUGUUAAUCUUUAGUAGCACAGUGAUGACAAUUAGUUUGGCUAUUUUGGGUGCAUAUUUCAAUAUGAAGGAAGGUGGAAAGGAUGUGUCUUCAAUUGGUUGGCUACCAUUGCUAUGUAUGGCUAUGUUCAUGAUAACGUUUGCUGUCGGCUACGGACCUAUACCAUGGCUUAUGAUGGGCGAGCUGUUUACACCCGAUCUCAAAGCCACUGCAGUCAGUUUAACUGUAAUGGUAAACUGGUUUUCGGUUUUCGUGGUUACUAAAAGUUUCGGAUCAAUGAUCGUUUCAUUGGGUUCUGACUUUACAUUUUGGUUCUUUGCGGUAUGUAUGUUUAUCGCAACCAUAUAUGUGGCUUUGAUGGUGCUGGAAACAAAAGGCAAGAGCUCAGCACAGAUACAAUUGUGGUUGAAUGGAGAUAGAUAAAUGUCGCGUAUGUUGAGAAAAGGUUUUCUUUUACAAUAGAUUUAAGGAUGAUUCAAGUAAAAUGUAAAUAGGAGAAGCUAUAACCAAAGCAUAUGUAGAAUUUUUCAGGCUUAUGAGUGCAAUUGAAGCUUGAAGAGAUUAGUGAAUUAUAAAUUUUGAAUUAAAACGAAUUUUCCUUUAUUUAAUUUAUUAUUAUACUCGUCCUACUUUAAGGCAUUAGUUGAUCUUGAAGCGAUUUCAUACGAAAGGUGCAAAUUCUAUUAAAUAUUUUAAUUUAGAAAAAUUAUAUUUAAGUAAUUAGGUAUAAAAUUGCAAGAUUUCUU